CAUUCUUUUGCUUACCAAAUGUCACUCUCCUGUCAUUGAUUCUCUCGUGAAUAUCAAAACAACUUUCUCUCUCUCUCUCUCUCUCUCUGCAGACUGGCAUGUAGACAAACACAAUUUACAUCUGAUCUGAUCAAUGACUUCAAGAAAGAGUGGAGGUGCUAGAAUGCAUGUUCAUAAAGGAGCAUGGACAGCUGAGGAGGACAAGAAACUGACCCAGUACAUUGAGAAUCAUGGCGCUAAAAAGUGGAAAACUGUGGCCAUCAAAUCGGGUUUGAAUAGGUGUGGUAAGAGUUGUAGGCUGAGGUGGUUGAACUAUCUGAGGCCAAACAUCAAGAGAGGCAACAUAGCUGAAGAUGAAGCUGACUUGAUCCUUAGGCUUCAUAAACUACUAGGAAACAGGUGGUCUUUGAUAGCUGGGAGACUUCCAGGGCGAACCGACAAUGAAAUCAAGAACUACUGGAAUACUCAUUUGAGCAAAAAAGUGACCCAAGUGGGAAAAUCUUCUUUAUCAGCAACACAAAAUCAGCCACCCAAGGCCAAUGCUGAACAAGUGGGAGGCAAUAAAGAAAGCGAAGAAGAAGAAGACCCAGAAUUGAACUUUGAUGUAGAUGAGUUCUUUGACUUCUCUGUGGAAGGGACAUAUGGCACAGAAUGGGUCAACAAGUUUCUUGAAGUUGAAAAUUAAAGGGUAUGCAAUAGAUGGCAGCUGGCAGAUUGUAAUGUAUUAAUAUCUAUGCCUAAUGCCUGUGCAGAAGACUAACCUGUUCUUGAGCAUGAAUGUGAUGAAAUCAAUUCGGUA